CGCCUCUCGCGGCUCGUGCGGCAGACGUUGCUCCGGCAGUUUUCCCGGGUCUCUUUCUGGAUGUAGACGUUGUCGGAACCCACCGAGUCCGAAACCCAACAGCACCGCCACGAACGGGCUCCAUUUACCGGAUCUGCAGCGCCAGGAGUGGGGAGGUGACUUUAUUCAGCCCCUCCUUAUCGAUUCUUUUCUGGAUUCGGUUCGUUUUUGCCCCUAGGACCAGAGUCUGUUUUCCGCUGCUGAAGGAACUGGUUUCAACGUCGGGACGAAGACCAGUUGGAGGUUCCCCCCCCUUCCUCCUCCUACUCCUCUUCUUCUUCCUCCCCGCUGCUCGGAGGUUGUUCCACCGCGGAGCCCUGUUGGGAGAUGGACCAGCCCCAGUAAGAACGCUGCCCCGCGGUUCGGACUCAGUAGCAGGACGUGAUUUGGACCAGAACUCGCCUGUUGAAGAGUGGCAACAUGUUUACUUCCUGGUUUCCAUGGUGAUCAGAGGGAGCAUGCUCGUGCACGCCCGGAUCUAAGAUCAGCGUUCGUCUCCAGCAGCCGCCUCCAGAGGGGAGAAGAAUUAGCGGUCCAGAACUACGACCCGCCAGAACCGACCGCACCCAGAACCCGUCAGCCAGCCCGGACAGAGGAGGAGCGCCAGCGGCAUCGACAUGGCCAACAACACAGCCGACCACCCUCCGGGGAACUCGGUGGCUGAGGGCGGCCAUGACGGCGGCCAUGACGGCGGCCAUGACAGCGACUUCGGAAUUAACAUGCAGGAGCUGAAGGACCUGAUGGAGCUGCGGAGCGCUGAGGCUGUCGGAAAGAUCCAGGACGGUCACGGAGACGUGCAGAACAUCUGCCGCAAGCUCAAGACCUCGCCCAUCGAAGGACUGUCUGGAAACCUGGCCGAUCUAGAAAAGCGCCACGCUGCAUUUGGGAAGAACUUUAUUCCUCCCAAGAAGGCUAAGACGUUCCUACAGCUGGUGUGGGAGGCGCUGCAGGACGUCACACUGAUCAUCCUGGAGAUCGCCGCCAUCAUCUCCCUGGGCCUGUCCUUCUACCAUCCACCAGGGGGCAAUGCUGAAGCAUGUGGCCAGGCUGCGGGCGGCGUGGAGGACGAGGGAGAGGCGCAGGCCGGCUGGAUCGAGGGAGCCGCCAUCUUGUUCUCUGUCAUCAUCGUGGUUCUGGUCACGGCCUUCAACGACUGGUCCAAGGAGAAGCAGUUCCGCGGCCUCCAGAGUCGCAUCGAGCAGGAGCAGAAGUUCACAGUCAUCCGGAAAGGCCAGGUGAUCCAGAUCCCCGUGGCUGAGAUUGUGGUGGGAGACAUCGCUCAGAUCAAGUACGGAGACCUGCUUCCCGCCGACGGCAUCCUGAUCCAAGGCAACGACCUGAAGCUGGAUGAGAGCUCUCUGACCGGAGAGUCGGAUCAGGUCCGGAAGUCCCUGGACAAAGACCCCAUGCUGCUGUCCGGGACUCAUGUGAUGGAAGGCUCUGGCAGGAUGGUGGUGUCUGCCGUUGGCCUCAACUCCCAGACCGGCAUCAUCUUCACCCUGCUGGGCUCCAGUGAGCACGACGAGGAGAAGAAAGUCAAAAAAGGUAAAAAACAAGGACCCCCCGAAAAUCGCAACAAAGCCAAAACCCAGGACGGCAUCGCGCUGGAGAUCCAGCCGCUGAAGAGCGAGGAGGCCACCGAGUCGGAGGAGAAGGAGGAGGUGAAGCAGGUCAAGAAGGUCAACGUGACCAAGAAGGAGAAGUCUGUUCUGCAGGGCAAGCUGACCCGGCUGGCGGUCCAGAUCGGCAAGGCUGGUCUGUUCAUGUCCGCCCUCACCGUCAUCAUCCUCAUCCUCUACUUCGUCAUCUACACGUUCGCCAUCCAGGGCCUCCCCUGGAUGGCCGAGUGCACGCCCAUCUACAUCCAGUACUUCGUCAAGUUCUUCAUCAUCGGCGUGACUGUUCUGGUGGUGGCGGUUCCCGAGGGGCUGCCGCUCGCCGUCACCAUCUCUCUGGCCUAUUCCGUCAAGAAGAUGAUGAAGGACAACAACCUGGUGCGCCACCUGGACGCCUGUGAGACAAUGGGCAACGCCACGGCCAUCUGCUCGGACAAGACGGGCACGCUGACCAUGAACCGCAUGACCGUGGUGCAGGCGUACGUCGGCGACAUGCACUACAGGACGGUCCCGGAACCCGACGCCAUCAACCCGGGAACCCUGGACACCCUGGUCAACAGCAUCUCCGUCAACUCCGCCUACACCACCAAGAUCUUGCCUCCAGAGAAGGAAGGCGGCCUCCCGCGCCACGUCGGCAACAAGACGGAGUGCGCCCUGCUGGGCCUGGUGCUGGGCCUGAAGAGGGACUACCAGCCAAUCAGAGACGAGAUCCCAGAGGAAAAGAUGUACAAGGUUUACACGUUCAACUCCUCCCGCAAGUCCAUGAGCACAGUGCUGCAGAACGCUGAUGGAGGCUUCCGGAUGUACAGCAAAGGAGCGUCGGAAAUCGUCCUGAGGAAGUGCUCCCGGAUCCUAGACGCCAAGGGUCAGCCCCGUGUGUUCAAGACCAAAGACCAAGACGAGAUGGUGAAGAAGGUGAUCGAGCCGAUGGCGUGCGACGGACUGCGGACCAUCUGCGUGGCGUACCGGGAUUUCCCUGCUGAGGCCGGGGAACCCAACUGGGACAACGAGAACGACAUCCUGAACGAGCUGACCUGCAUCGCCGUGGUGGGCAUCGAGGACCCCGUCAGACCCGAGGUACCCGCGGCUAUCGCUAAGUGCCAGCGGGCGGGAAUCACCGUGCGCAUGGUAACCGGGGACAACAUCAACACGGCCCGCGCCAUCGCCACCAAGUGCGGCAUCCUGCUGCCAGGAGAGGAGUUCCUCUGUCUGGAGGGCAAAGAGUUCAACACGCAGAUCAGGAACGACAAGGGAGAGGUAGAACAGGAGCGUCUGGACAAAGUCUGGCCCAAACUUCGUGUUUUAGCGCGUUCAUCGCCGACGGAUAAACACACCCUGGUUAAAGGAAUCAUCGACAGCACGGUGGGAGAAACCCGACAGGUGGUGGCCGUGACGGGAGACGGCACCAACGAUGGCCCUGCUCUCAAGAAAGCCGACGUCGGCUUUGCCAUGGGCAUCGCCGGUACCGACGUGGCCAAGGAGGCCUCUGACAUCAUCCUGACCGACGAUAACUUCACCAGCAUCGUAAAGGCCGUCAUGUGGGGCAGGAAUGUCUACGACAGCAUCUCCAAGUUCCUGCAGUUCCAGCUGACCGUCAACGUGGUGGCCGUGAUCGUGGCCUUCACCGGCGCCUGCAUCACUCAGGACUCCCCUCUGAAGGCCGUGCAGAUGCUGUGGGUCAACCUCAUUAUGGACACGCUGGCGUCCCUCGCUCUGGCCACCGAACCGCCCACCGAGUCGCUGCUGCUACGCAAACCCUACGGCCGCGACAAGCCCCUCAUCUCCCGGACCAUGAUGAAGAACAUUCUGGGCCACGCCGUGUUCCAGCUCAUCAUCAUCUUCACUCUGCUGUUUGCAGGGGAAAAGUUCUUCAACAUCGACAGCGGCCGCAACGCUCCGCUGCACUCCCCGCCGUCUGAACACUACACCAUCGUCUUCAACGUGUUCGUGAUGAUGCAGCUCUUCAAUGAGAUCAACGCCAGGAAGAUCCACGGCGAGAGGAACGUGUUCGAGGGCGUGUACAAGAAUCCCAUCUUCUGCAGCGUGGUCCUGGGCACCUUUGCCCUGCAGAUCAUCAUCGUUCAGUUCGGAGGGAAGCCGUUCUCCUGCGCGCCGCUCACCAUCGACCAGUGGCUGUGGUGCGUCUUCGUGGGAAUGGGCGAGCUGCUGUGGGGACAGCUGAUCUCGGCCAUCCCGACCCACCACCUCAAGUUCCUGAAGGAAGCGGGCCACGGCAUCACCAAGGAGGAGAUCCACAAGGAGGACCUGACGGAGGACACGGACGAGAUCGACCACGCAGAGAUGGAGCUGCGGCGAGGCCAGAUCCUCUGGUUCCGAGGGCUCAACCGGAUCCAAACCCAGAUGGAUGUGGUCUAUACCUUCCAGACGGGCCAGGCGGCGGUGCCCGGUGCCCUGCGCCGCCAGCCGUCCGUCGUCAGCCAGCACAAUGACGCCACUGCCGCCAAAACUCUCUCUAGCCCCACCCAUGUAGGGCUUAGCUCCUCCUCCUCUCUCACCAACUCGGCUGGGGCUCCGGCCCCUGCUGCUGCUUCCUCCUCCGCCGCAGGCAAUUAAGGUGGUGAACGCGUUCCGUAGUUCCAUCUUCGAGAUGGAGAGUCCACAUUCCCGUAGCUCCAUCCAUAGUUUCAUGGCUCAUCCUGAGUUUUUGCCGCAUUCUGAAGAGGAGGCGCCUCGGUUCAGCAUCAUUGAGGAGAAAAGCGACGCGAUCGAGGAACUUCACUGAUCCUCGGCGAAGGAGAAGCACCUGGCAGCAAGGAGCUCCUCCUCCUUCCCCUCCUCUUCAUCACCUCCACCAGCUGGGUUGUUGCUCUGAGGAGGGGCGUCAUGACUCACCCUCUCAUCAGCUCACAUCCUCGCCCCACGCUGUCUCCAUCCUGACUGUGAUGUUGUUCAGUUUGUUCCUCCAUCGCCUCCAUCCCAUCAGCUGGGGGCGGAGCCUCCUCACCAGGAACACCUGCUUCUUGUUUAAACUCCCUUAGUUUACUUAUAGAAAUCUUCCUCCCCUUUUCACCUCUGCAUGCUGCAGUGCAUUGUGGGAAGGCAGUUUGUUGGCUUUCCAACACUGCAGCAUCCAGACACGACCCGCUCUCCGACCUCGUCCCGUCUGAGCCGGGUUCUGUUUCCCCCCGCCCCGGUCUGUCUUAACCUGAUGCAUGUUUUGGUUUCCUGUUGAGUGGCAUGAUGGCCGUGAGUCCAGCUGUUUGGACGCGUCUCUGUUCAGAGCUCCAUGAUCUUCCUGUCUGUCCCACGGUGGAGAACCUGAAGGAAACAUCCCGCAGAUCUUCUGCUGUUUUGCUGCGACGGUUGAUCGCUGCCGACGCAUUAAACACUAACCGUUUCCUUUCGUUUCGCCCCCCUCCCUUCUGACGCCACACGGCGGGGACGCCGGCGCCGGUCGGCCCGUCUGAGCUGCACCGGAUCAGAUUAAACUUAAGGGGGUAUUAUUAUGUAUUUUCCAGGCACAUGGUGCCAUUUUAUAAAACAAUAAAGUAACUAUUGUACCUUCAGUUCUAAAAAUCCUGUAUAUAUCAAAGUUGACAUAAAAUAAAUUUCUUUCCAAUUUAACGCCUUGAAAUUGGGACUCUGUCACCUUUAGAAGCUCCUGCUCUUUUAACACUUUCUGCUUGGAGACUGCAGCUCUGUGUGGGAAAAGCAGCGCUCAGUUUAACCAAACACUUCUUCACCCAGUGAUUUACAUGCAGAUUAAAGGAUUUCUCAAACAUGCAUGAAAGAAUCAAGGCAACACUCCAGGUAUGUUUUGGAAACCUGGAGUGUUGCCUCCUGGAGGAAUAACAUCAUAACCUGAUGUACAGCUCAAAAUUGUACAUAAUACCCCCCUUUAAAAAUCAUGUAAAAAAUGAGAACUCAUUUCAAACUGCAGUGUGUUUAGGGUUUGCCCCGACUCAAACGUAGAGCCCACUUUUCCUGCUUUGCACGAUGGAGGCCUGGCUGGAGCUCCACCUCUCCAUCACAGAGGCCCCGCCCCCUCAGGCAGCUGCUUCCCUGUCAUCACACACUAAGGAGUUUAAACAUUCAGAAGGAGCUGACUGCAGUACUGAUCUGUUGGUUGGAUCAGUGCAGGAAGUUCCCUUAAAGUGGAGCCAUGAACAGAGUCAGAAUGAGGCUGCAGACACAGACGGCCAGAGCGCAACGUUUUUCUAGCCAGUAAUGGACAGUAGGCUCAGCGUCUGCAGCUACAAGCUCCUGGGUCCCUCGUCGUCUGGCCUUCCUGGAGUUCCCAUAUCAUUUGUUGCCAGGAGCUCUUAGAGCUCAUGGAUCGCCCACUGACAGAAAGUCCUGGGUUUUCUGCAUCUUGCUCCUGCAUCUUUAGCCAAUGGGCACUUCUUGGGUCACUCGCCGCUGGGCGUUCCCUGGUCGCCUGGCGUUCCCUGGUCGCCGGGCGUUCCCUAAUGGCUGGGCGUUCCCUGGUCGUUUGCCGCUCCUGGAACUCCUGAGUUGUGCUUCCGUCGUUUCUAUUCCCUCGUUUGUCUGAUUUUUGAUGAGCUGUCAGUGACAUCACACGGCCAGCAGUGGAGCCGGCGUCUGCUCAUCGCCAUCACCGUUGCCCCGGCGACACCGCUCUGCCAUGCCGUGUUGGACAGGCGUUAGUGUGGAGGCCAUGCUGAGGUUUAUAGGAGACUGAUGAUGUCACCAGUCGGCCUGUAGAGUUGAAUCCACUGUGUCCCCGCUGCUUCCCGCAGCGGCGCGUCCGAUCCCUUCUAACCGCCGUCGGCCUCUCCUGACGGAGGCGAUGUGCGACUACUGCCAUAUUCUCCAUGACUUGGUUGAUCUUUUCCCCUCAACGAGCUUUUUCUAAGUACUCAGAGCCAUAUUUUCUAGGAUGUUGUUUUCCGUCAUUAUUCCAGAGGCCCCGCCCCGCCCCGCCCUCCAAACUCGACCAAAAAGCCAGGAGAAACUCUUCAGUUGUCACUGCCGAACCGUGUUUGAAGGACCUCUCCGAUGUUUACAUGAGAAGCGGUUUGACCCCCUCAUCUGUUCCUCUCCUCAAUCUUACUGUUUAACUGAGUAGGAAACCUUUCUUGCAUGGUGUUCAUAUAAAAUUCAAUGUUUUGUUCAUUUUUUACAAUUCUUCUGUAUUUUUAUAUUGAGUACUUUUUAAUAUUUUGCAGAUGUAUGAAUCUGUACAGGCUGAGGAGUUUGGUGAGCCUUCAGAACCUGAAUGAUAGGAAUCUGCCGUGGACUCUGUUUUUACAGCUGCAAUGUUUCUGCCACGUGUGGCGUCCGAGUCACCUGACGUUAGGGCUCCCAAACCUGCAGUGACUUGUUUACUUCCUGUUGGCUGUUCACUUCCCAUCAGCCCCUCUGGCUCCACUUUGGUUUCUUUGUUGUAACGGUUCUGACUUGGUUUGAGUCCAACAUUAAACAGGAAUGUAUCGUUAUUCCUCCAA